AACAUCACCACCACCGCACGCCGCAACGCCAACAACAGACACCAUGGCCGACGUUCUGAAGGAGUCGCCGCUCCGCGCGGUCCAAGUCGAGGCGCUUGUCCUCAUGAAGAUUAUCAAGCACUGCUCCCAGACCUUCCCCACGACGGCCACGGGCUCCCUCGUCGGCAUGGACGUCAACGGUGUCCUGGAGAUCACCAACAGCUUCGCCUUCCCUAACGUCGAUGCUCCCACUACCGACAGCCACUCUGACAAUUCUGCCAACGUGGCCGCCGCCGCGCCCCGUGCCCGGGCCAACGUCGUCUACCAGAACGAGAUGAUCAAGUUCCUGCGCGAGGUCAACGUCGAUGCCCAGAACGUCGGAUGGUACACCAGCACGAGCAUGGGCAACUUUGUCAACAUCAACACCAUCGAGAACCAGUUCUUCUACCAGAAGGAGAUGAACGAGCGCACCGUCACCCUGGUCCACGAUGUUAGCAGGAGCUCGCAGGGCGCGCUGAGCCUGAGGGCCUUCAGGUUAAGCCCUCAGUUCAUGGUGGCGUACAAGGAGGGCAAGUUCACCACUGAGAGCCUCCAGAAGUCCGGCCUCCGCUACCAGGACAUCCUCGUCGAGCUUCCUCUCACGAUCCACAACUCGCACCUCCUGACCUCUCUGCUCCACCAACUCCCCUCGCAACCCCCGAAGAGCGAGCUCCAGUUCCCGACCAAUCUCGCCGCGCUGAACCAGGACCCGCUGGUGACGUCGACGCCGCUGUGCCCCAACUUCGAGGCGCUGGACCUGAGCAUCGACCCCUUCCUCGAGAAGACGUGCGACCUGCUGCUCGACUCGAUCGAGGCGCACCACACGGAGCUGAACAACUACCAGUACUACCAGCGCAGCGUGGGCCGCGAGCAGGCCAAGAUCACGGCGUGGCAGCAGAAGCGCAAGGCCGAGAACGCGGCGCGCGCCGCGGCCAAGCAGACCCCUCUGCCCGAGGACGAGUGGCAGCGCCUGUUCAAGCUGCCCCAGGAGCCUAGCAGGCUCGAGACCCUGCUUAACUCGAGGCAGGUCGAGCAGUACAGCAGGCAGGUGGAUGGCUUCACGGCUGGCGUUUCAGCCAAGAUGUUCGCUGUCAAGAGCAACUUGCUGCCGGGCGAUGCUUAGACGUAGGGAAGAGAGAGAGAGAGAAAGAGGAAGCGGGAUUUGGUGCGUGCGCGUGUGUGUGUGUUCGUAUGUGUGGGAGUGGUGGGAGAGAGAAGGUCUUUUCUUUUGCAUUGGGCUUUGGCGUUCGAUGAAAAAUUCGGCGAUGCGAAUAGACAAGCACCUUUACGAAGGAAUGGCCAUGGGGUUACGUCUUGUCAUGCGCUGCUGAGUCUAGAGCAAAAUUGUUUGAAACGAACGACUCGUAAUGACCUGCGGUACGUCUUGAGUUCGGUGCCAGAGCAUGUGCUUUGAUUCGCGUGAUGGGAACGGACGCCGAGUUGGUUCCGUGAGAUUGUGAAUUGGAAUAUGUAUGAGACGGCUAUGUAUUUGAUACUACUACUCCGAUCUGGUAGCAAUGAGACUAAUGACGUUGCCACGA